AAUAAUGAGUGAUAAGUGACUUUUUGAGUGAGUGAGUCUUUGAUUCAUUUAACCGAUUUGUGCAGAAACACUGACUCAUUCAGGAAUUAAAUGUGAUAUCUUUAUUAGUCAUUGAAUCAACUCAACCCAAUCAAUUUGUUCAGAAACACCGAUUUAGUUAGAAACUAAACACAGCUACUGUUUCUUGUUCAGAGAUGAAAACAAAAUAACAAUAUUAUUCCUAAAAUGUAUUAUGUAAUACCAGUUUUUUUUGUUGAAUUGUUUUAUGAGUCAAUUGACUUUUUACCGUCAGUAUUAAUCUGCUUGACUUUUGUCUCUGUUUCCAUGUUUCAGAAAGAUUGUCAUUUAUUAAUGAAGGUUUUUUUAGUGCUUGAUUCUUGCUGUAGGUUACAGGUCACCAGUAGGUGGCAACAAGUGUCUUUUCCAGUAAGUCAUUGAAUAAUUCGCUCAACCUAUUUGUUCAAAAACAUUAACUCAUUUAGGAACAAAGCAAGUGACAACUUUAUGAGUGAAUCAUUAAUCAACUCUACUGAUUAAUUUGGUUAAUUUAGGAGCAAAACACUGCUAAUUUGUUACUGUAAUGUUUACUGAAAUGUUGUAUAAAAGUAUCACACUUAUUUAAAUAAUGCUAUGCCACAAAUUACGCUGAUAAAUUUAAUUAAAAACGAACUAUAUCAAAACAAUGGGGAGAGUUGGAGAUGGUGAGAUGAUUCAACCCAUCCACAAUAGAAAGUCUAUUAGCUACGACUCAGGGAAAACAGGCAUUAAUGUGCUUCUCUUUUGUGAUAGUUCUGCAAAAGUCGUCAAUAAGGAUGACCUUGAGGGCUAGUUCUGGAAUAGAGGUGGGGGAAGUUGACAAGGGACGAGUGAAAAGCAGGGGGCUUGUCUAGGCAUUGGGACAGCAGGGUGGAGGUCCUACAGAGAUGGACUGGGAUAGACCCCUGAUGGGCUCCUUUCAGGACUGAAGGAAUGGGUGUAAAAUAGUUGCGUCUGCGGAGCCCCAUUUUGGCAUCUGCUUUGUGCCAAAGUAUUCUGCUUGUUUUUUUCUUUGACGAGAUAAGUGAUGAGAUCAUUAUUAGGUAUUUCACAAAUUCACAUAAUCUCCUAGCCAUUGAUGCAAAAAUGUGAGUUGCACAAGCUUUUUAGACUCCUCUAUAUUGAGAUGAAACAUAUUUUCCUUAUUUAAAUACUUAAAAUAAAUCCAUUAUGGUGCACAAUACACUGAAAUUACGAAUGCUAAUGAAGUCUUUGUUAUAUUUUUUGGUUUGUUUUGGUCUCUUGACUAUAGCCCUAUAAAAAAAAAAAAAAAAAACCUGUUUAAUGAACCUCUAAAUACAAAAUGAAAUUGUAGAUUUGAAUAUUUUCCGCAAAGUUAGAUUCUUCAAAUGAAGAUGAUGAUAUGCUUUCUAUCUGCCAAUGUUGAGCAGAUGGCCCACAUAGAUGGAGCAAUGUAACACCAAAUAUGAAUUUAGCACCUGGUUGUUUUUCAUCCUCCUGAAAGGUGGUGGCUGCUCUGAGUGUUCUCACACAUGUCUCAUAAUCAGAUGGCAGGGUGACAGUCAGCGCCAGAGACGCAGAACUCGCCGUUGCUCAUGGUUUAAUAUCUGAGCUCAGGAAGAGCUUGAUGGAAUCGAGAGAGAGUUUCAGCACUUUAAACAUUAUCAAGAGCAACUCUGAAGCAAAUCAGGUUACCUGAAGUCCAAAGGGUGAAAUCAAGAAUGCUGAAGGCACAAUGGAUCCCCUAGUUCAUCUGAGCCCGCUGAGAGUCCGAAUCUCUGCUCUUCCGCACCCCACGCGCCCACCUCAUCCUUGGGCGGAGUGAGUAGAGUUUUCCCACCGACACACGGGAGAAAGGUGAACCCUUCCUGUGUAAAUAUGACUGGAUGGAGGUCUCAGUGGCGUCUGGUCCUGCUCAACUCGCUGACGUGUGGCCUGGAGAUCUGCGUGGCGGCUGGGAUCACCUACGUGCCCCCUCUUUUGCUGGAGGCCGGAGUGGAGGAACAGUACAUGACGAUGGUUUUAGGUAUUGGACCUGUCCUGGGACUUCUCUUCAUCCCCCUAAUUGGCUCAGCCAGUGAUCACUGCAACAGCAGCUACGGCCGACGGCGACCCUUCAUAUGGCUGCUUUCAUUGGGAGUUCUCCUAGCCCUUUUUAUCAUACCACAUGCUGAUGUGUUGGCCGCCAACCUGAGCUGGGGCAGCAGCCGCCGCAACCAGGCUCUCCAGGUGGGCCUGCUCAUCCUAGGCGUGGGCCUAUUGGACUUCUGCGGACAGGUGUGCUUUACGCCAUUGGAGGCAUUACUCUCGGACCUCUACCGUGACCGGGAUGACUGCGGACAGGCUUUCGCUAUGUUCUCCUUCAUGGUAAGCCUUGGAGGUUGUGUAGGCUAUUUGCUGCCUGCCCUUGACUGGAGCGGAGGGCUUCUUUCCUUCUACCUGGGUGGUCAGGCAGAGUGCUUGUUCUCCCUCCUCAUCCUCAUCUUCAUGGUCAGCGUGUUAGUGACCAUGAAAGUGUCCGAGGAGCCCUUGUCCACCCUGGAACCAGGGCCGCCGGAGCCUAGACGGUGUUUUCCACGCUCGUGUUGCUAUCUGUUUCAGUGUAAGCUGCGGGCUCUGAAGUCCGGCCCGCUCAUGUGCCUGCUGAGGACUUGCUGGUCCAUGACACCGGCCAUUUAUCGCAGCUACUGCCACGUGCCACGUGUCAUGCAACAGCUGUGUUUGGCACAGCUCUGCAGCUGGAUGGGUGUCAUGUCCUUCAUGCUGUUCUACACAGAUUUUGUCGGCGAGGGUUUGUACGAAGGAGUUCCCAGCGCCGCUCCGGGUACCGCUCUCAGGCAGCGCUAUGAUGAAGGUAUCCGUAUGGGCAGCCUGGGCCUGUUCCUGCAGUGUGCUACCUCAACCUUCUUCUCGCUGGUCAUGAGCAGACUAGUGCGUCUCUUUGGGUCCAGGUCGGUCUAUUUGAGCAGCAUGGUGUGCUUCACCAUCUCAGCUCUGGUCAUCUGCUUGUCCAAGAGCGUUCUGUUGGUCACAGCUAUGUCUGCCCUAACUGGCUUUGCCUAUGCCACACUGCAGACACUGCCUUACACGCUCACCUGUCACUACCACAAAGAAAAAGAGGUGUACAUGCAAAACAGCAAAACCCAAAUACCGCACACAAAUGGAUUCACCAUCACAAGGGAUUCUGUUUGUCUGACACUGGACAGCGGCCCUGGAGAUCUCAACCACAAGAGUGGCAUUUCCAAUGGGCAUGUUCCUCACAGUAGAGAUGAACCAGGCUACUACCCAUCUCUCUAUCAGAACGGUGCCCACCUUGGUCUGGAGUCAGAGGAUUUUGAGAAACGUGGGGUGGGACUAGACUUUGCCAUUCUGGACAGCACCUUCCUUCUGUCUCAGGUCUUCCCUACCCUCUUCAUGGGCAUGAUCGUCCAGUUCACAGAGUCCGUCACCAUGUACAUCGCCUCCUCUGCCAUCUUUGGUGCCAUUGGCAUCUAUUUCGCCACCCACAUCAUCUUUGACCAAAAGGACCUCAGAAGCUGAAAGCAGCAGUAAUCAUGUCAUGUUUGCUUUGAGGAUGAAUUGUGCGUUUUCAGAUCUCUAUGGGACCAAUGGACUCAUCAAACUGGACUUGAUGUAAUUCCUGUUGUGUUUUAAAUACUUUUUGUAAAGAACUAUUCUAUUGUGUAUAUAUUUUUUUUAUAUUGAUAAUAUAUACAUAUUUAUAUCCCUAUGGGAAUUUUUAUGCAACCCGUUUUGGCGAGGUCUGUAUUUAUGUAGUACUUUUAAACUUGUUUGACUUGUUUGUCAUACAAAAGUGUCUUAAUUUGAUUUUAACCUGAAUUCUUGGUCAGUAACCAAGACUAAUAGCACAAUAUUGUCAUGUAUUAAAACUCAAUCUGACGUUCAAAUGACAAUCUGAGAUAUUUUUCUACAGGUAACUUUACACACAGACCUAUAAGCUAUUCAAAGUGUUGCAAACCAUUAUCACCAAUAUGACUUUUCAGUUACAGUAGGUAACUUUUACAUAACUUUAAAAUUUUUAAUGUUCUAUUUAAGUAAUGCAUCUGUAAGUAGACUCACCAUUGGUCAGGGAGUAUGUGUGUAGAGCUUUAUGUACAAUGUUAUGGCUUGUGAAAAGUGGCAAUAUUCUCAGGAUGGACUUGUCGUCCAGUUGAAAAAUAAUCAGUCCAAUCACAGCACAAUGAACUAAUAAAAGAGGUACUGAUAUUUUAAAUGCUCACAAAAUGAUCUUAUUCUUUCUUUUUUAUUUUGAAUGAAAUAUUUAAAGUGGUGAAUUAUCACAUCUAAUGAAGCAUGUCUUUAGUUUCCAUUAAAAUUCAGAUAGAUUUUUUUCCUUUGUGAUUUUGUUGUGUCUGUUUGUCCCCUGCAACAGUGGCAUAUAUAAAUAUUUUUCAGUUUUCUAUAGAUUUCCAAUGGACAGUUUUUUUUUCUUAUUGAAUAGUCACAUAAGUGAAAUAUAGUGUAACACUAUUUCAUGUUAAGUUUAACUUUUCUUAGAAAUUUCUUCUCCUUCUCCCAAAUAUAUAUAUUCUUCUACAUCAUAAAUCUUUAGU